AUGACGUGUCUCUCUUACAAGUUUCCGAACGAACUGUCAUGUCACUUGAUCUUCUCAGCUGUCAAAUAAAAUCAAGAAUAUUUACGUCAGCCACGUUGGAAGUGCCAAGUUGGUGUUUUUAUGUGAGCCAGUGUUGUGAAGAUGAAAGUGAAGGAGCUGAAGAGGACGGUGAAUGUGUGCUGGUCGCCGGCUGACCACUACCCGGUGACGAUCGCGGCCGGCUCUGCAGCGCAGCAGGUCGACUCUUCGUUCAGCUCAAGUUCUUACUUGGAGCUCUAUUCCUUGAACUUGGAAGACCCUGGACUUGAUUUAGAGCUUAAAUCCAGUUUGCAGACAGAACACAAGUUCCAAAAGAUAGUAUGGUCUGGAGCUGGUGUAUUAGUUGGAGGUUGUGAUGGAGGACUCCUGCAGUUUUACAGCGCUGACAAGCUGCUACAAAAUGCCCCUGAUGCACUACUUGGCAGCAGCACUAAACACAGUGGUCAUGUAUCAGCGUUAGACAUAAAUCCAUAUCAAAAGAACUUGCUCGCGUCCGGAGCGUCGGAGAGCGAGAUCUUCAUAUGGGACCUGAACAACACGAGCCAGCCAAUGGCGCCCGGCAAUAGGAACCAGCCUUACGACCAUGUACAGGGGCUGGCGUGGAAUCAACAGGUACAACACAUUCUCGGCUCGACAUUUGCAACAAGAUGCGUUGUUUGGGAUUUGAGGAAGAAUGAACCUAUUAUGAAACUAAGUGACUCUCAGUCCCGCACGAGAUGGCGUUCCCUAGCGUGGCACCCGAACGUCGCGACACAACUCUGCAUUGCCUCCGAAGACGACCAAGUCCCCGUCGUACAGCUCUGGGAUUUGAGACUGGCAGCGUCUCCCCUGGUCACGUUGGAGGGGCACCACAAGGGCGUGAUGUCAGUCUCCUGGAGCAAGCAGGACCCAGACCUGAUGCUGUCUGCCGGCAAAGACGGCAGGGUACUCUGCUGGAACCCCAACAAUACUAAACCUGGUGGUGAGCUCCUUACAGAGAUAAGUCAGCAGCAACAAUGGGUGUUCGACGUGGCGUGGUGUCCCCGGGACCCGGGCCUGCUCGUCACAGCAUCCUUCGACCAACAGGUCGCUGUGCAUUCCCUGCUAGGCGGGUCCAGGCCUGAGAUUUCGAGCCACAACCAGAGCAACAUAAUGGAGUCGUUUGGCGGCGCGGACUCGUUCAGCGCGCUGCCGGCCGUGGCGCGCGCCGCGCCGCCUGCGCCCGCGCAGCCCGCGCAGCCGCCCGCGCCGCCCGCCUGGCUGCGUCGCCCCCGCGCCGCCAGGUUCUCGUUUGGUGGUAAACUGGUCACAUUCGAAAAAUGUCCACAAGAAGCUGGAACACAGAAACUUGUCUACAUUAGUCAGGUCGUCAGUGAACCAGAAAUAGUUGAAAAGGCGUCUGAGUUGGAUGCGGUACUUGAGGCCAGUCUCAGUAACGACCCCGGUGCACUUGAGAGACUCGCUGAGUACUGUCGGCAGAAAGGUGACGCGGCCACAGACCAAAAUGAACGCUACACGUGGUUCUUCCUUCGCGCUAACUUCCUACCUACGUUCCGUACUGAAGUCCUUAAUUUACUUGGCUUCAAACAAGAUGAGAUAUCUUCUAAGUUCAAGAGCCCCAACGUACCGUCAGGCGAUGGCACUCAACCAGACUUAGCCGCCUUGAGUAGAGGCGAGUCCACGGAGACUGAGGCGGAGUUAUCAACUGAUACCAGCACCGACCUCUCAGACGCUCACACACUGAUUGAGAGGAAAUUGGCAAAUCUCGACAUUACCUCAGCACCGACAGUCUCCAACGUGGUCAUUCCGAAUGGAGAAGGCAAGUACAUACAAUUAUUCUUCUUAAAUUCUACCAGUCUUAUCUGCCGCGCGCUGGUGGUUGGUAACUUGGAAGAGGCGGUGGAACUGUGUCUCGAUGCUAAGAGGACCGCUGACGCACUGGUCAUCGCUUCACUGGGUAGUCCAGAGCUUCUUCACAAAGUGCAGAAGUACCACUUGAACUCGACGGCGGGGUCUCCGGUGUCGCUGGUGGCGGGGAGCUUACUGAUGGGAGGUUGGGAAGCCCUCGUCGCUAGUGCCGCGCCCUCCAGCUGGAGGGAGACACUCGCUGCUAUAAUCACGCACUGCGACCAGGAAACUGCCAGUCAUUAUUGCGAGUUGCUGGGCGACCGUCUGUGGCGUGAGUCGGAGCGCGCGGCGGCCAGCACGUGCUACGCGUGCGCCAUGAGCGCCGACUGCCUGCUGGCGCGCGCGCCGCAAGCCCCGCCCCACGCCCCGCCCCGCGCGCUCGCCGCCCUCACCGCGCGCGCCCAGCUCGCCCUGCUGGCGCGCCGCGCUGCGCAGGCUCGCGGACGACCUGUCGCGGCGGGUGGCACCCUGGAGACAGUACUGAACGAGUACGCGUCCCGGCUGGCGGCGCAGGGCUGCCUGCAGAGCGCGCUCAACGUACUCGAGGGCAUCCAGCACGCUGACCUCCGGGACCGGCUCAUGCAUGCACUCGGACUACUGCCUCAGAGGAGGGCCAGCCAUCAGGCGCAGAUGCAGCCAGGGCGCGCGCAUAGCGCGGCACACCCUCGCCGCGCGCACCCCGCGCACCCAGAGCCCGCGUACGCGUCCGCAGGUGCAUAUGAUCAGCCAUGGGGACAGUCCUCAGUGGCAGCACCAAGCAUGCCACAGCGCGGCCCCUACGCAGCCCCAGCGCCGGCCCCGCCCCUACAGCCAGUGGCCCCUCCCCCCGCCAUGAUGCAGCCGCAAGCCCCGCCCCCGCCGCAGGCGCAGCCGCCACGCCCUGGCAGUGUGGGCCCACAAGGAGGUAUCGGUUCACGUUCUAAAUACAAAGUGGACCCUUCAGUGCAGUCGGCGCCUCUAUACAAUCAGUACAGUUUCAACAACCCCGUGACGUCACAACCAUACGGCGGAUUCAAUAGUCCAUUACCCGAUCAGUAUGGAGCCACUAGUGUUCCUUCGUACAACACACCGGGACCCAUGAACCAAAUUCACGGGCCCCCGGGACAAAUGGGAGGGCCUCCUGGACCAAUGGGUGGAGCUCCUGGGCAAAUGGGCAGCGCCCCAGCGGUUAAUGGCACGUACUUCAACCCCGUGCAAGCGCCUGAACCUGUUGCCCCCGCCGUGCCUUCAAAGCCCGUACCACCAGGAUGGAACGAUCCACCCAUGCUGUCUUCCAAACCUAAGCCGAAGCAAGAAGUAACGGCCCAAGCUCCGAUCACUCACCCGCUGUUUGGGGUGGAGCCUCCCCAACACGUACCGCUAGCGGCGCCCGCCCAGUACCCGGGCCAGUAUGCACAGGCCGGCCAGUAUGCACAGGCGGGCCAGUAUGCACAGACCGGCCAGUAUGCACAGCCUAACCAGUACGGACAGCAGUAUGGCAACUCCUACCCUGAUUAUCAGGCCACCAACAUGACGCCUGCCUAUCAGCAAAAGCCGGAGAGCCCAGUCCCCGCGGAGCCGGCCCUGCCCGAGCAGAAGGCCCCGCUCCCCGAGCAGUACGCCAUGCUACAGACUGUCUUCGAUGCCAUCCGCACCGAAUGCACCAACAGAGCAACUAAUCCUCAAAUGAAGAGGAAACUAGAAGACGUCCAAAGAAGACUGGAAACUCUUUACGAUAUGCUGCGUGAAUAUAAGUUGUCGGAGAGCGCGUGCACGUCGCUGUCGUCGUGCGCCGCGUACGCGCAGGGCGGCGAGCACGGCGCGGCGCUGGCCGUGGCCACGUCGCUGGCCACGGGGCCCGACUUCGCCGCCGUCGCCAGCUUCCUGCCCGGCCUCAAGAUGUUGUUCCAGCUCGCCACGCAACUACAAGUCUAUGCGCGGUGAACCAUUCCCGUCUCAAUACUCUACUCUGAGUAUAUACACUGACUUAAUUUGCACCCCUUUUAUAUCAUGAUUCGUUCCCUCGCUAUUACUUACUUACAAUUUCAAAUGUAUACUUAGACAUCUUAAGUCAAAGUUAAUUUAUUUCUGUACUACCUACCAAAAAUUCUUUCGAAAGUUUAUUUUAAUUUCCUCAAUCUAACUCUAGUAUAUAAUUAUACUUAUUUACAUAUUAACGAAGGAGACUGGUCGUUAGUCAUGUUCAUGUAUUUAACAUGUAAGGGGUGCAAAUAAAUUACAAGAUCAGCGUAUUCCAACUACGUACUAUGCAAACGUCUCUUGACGAUAAGUAACCACGGAGUAUACUAAAAACAUUUCUAAUGCUUAUUGUAUUAGAGUUUAAAUUGUAUCAAUGUAAUCGUAUCGUAAGAACUAUACUCCACUUACUCCGUGGCGUUCUUAUUAUAAUUUUAAUAUAUUUAUUAGAAGAAUAUUAAUUUUAUACAACAACCGACUUAGAAAAAACGCCAACACAUGAAUUUUAUUUAUCUUAAUUUGACAAAUGUUACAUUUCAACUUUGAUAUUUUCAGUUGAUAGUCUGGUUGAAACAUACGAGUUUUUCUCGUGAACUAGAAAAAAGUUGAAACAUCAUUAACAUGGGUCCCGGUGUGACUUGAAACUAGUCGAGCUUUGUUCGAAAAGAAAUAAUUUCCAAAAGAAUUUACAAUUUAACCGCUUGGGAUAAUUUCAUGUGUUGCUUUUAUUUAGUUAAAAAUGUCAAACAAGUUUAUUUAUUAGUGUGUACAACUGUAUAAAGAAUACAUACGUCAGGCAUUUAAUAUUAGGUUACAUAGGAAGUUAAAAAGCUAAAUAUAUAUCUUUACGUCUGUACAUCUUUGAGACGUAUAGGCGUAAUGCGUUGUUUUGUAUAC